AUGGGUAACCUCUUUAUGCACUAUGAAAAUUCUAAUGAUUUUAAUAACAUAAGAAUUAUUCAGAAAACACUUGUGUACAUCAUUUGUAUUCCGCAAAAGUAUGCUGAUGAGACUAUUUUGUCUAGAAAAGAAUUUUUUGGGCAGUUUGGUCUUAUAAAAAAGAUUGUAAUAAAUAAGAGAGCUAGUAUUGUAGAAUCUACCGCUAGUGCUUAUAUAACCUUUAAUACUGAAGAAGAGGCUAAGCUGUGUAUUCAAGAAGUGGAUGAAAGUUUAUUGGAAGGCAAGGUAUUAAAAUGCACAUACGGGACUACAAAAUACUGUUCGUUUUUUUUAAAAAGCGUUCCGUGUCAAAAUAACGAAUGCAUGUACUUGCACGAUUUCAGGCCACAGAAGGAUCUUCUUAGUAAAGAGGAAAUGGGAAGCACCAAGCAUAAAUUACACGGCUUUGAAGUAAAAAAUAAGAAUAAAGAAAGAAUUGGUAAGAAGUAUAAUUUAGAUAUGUUUAAUGAUCUAUUUAAAUUUAAAUCAAGUAAAACUUACAAAGCUCCUGAGAAAAUACUUUUUGAACCGAUUGAUUUGUAA